CCAAGCCGCCGAAAGGUCUGGUCGCAGAGACAGGAACGCGUAAUCCUCAGCGUGCUCCAGCCCGGCAGCAUCCUUCCACGGCUCGGCAGGGCAGCGAGCCUCUGGGCACCGGCCCCUCUGCUCCGCGGAAAAGCCUGAUGAAGUCCUCCGAUAUCGAUCAGGAUUUAUUUACAGACAGUUACUGCAAGGUGUGCAGUGCGCAGCUCAUAUCGGAAUCUCAGCGAGUGGCCCACUACGAGAGUCGAAAACAUGCAAGCAAGGUCCGACUGUAUUACAUGCUUCACCCCAGAGAUGGUGGGUGUCCUGCCAAGAGGCUCCGAUCAGAAAAUGGAAAUGAUGCUGACAUGGUGGAUAAAAACAAGUGCUGUACGCUCUGUAACAUGUCCUUCACCUCAGCAGUGGUGGCUGAGUCACAUUAUCAAGGCAAAAUCCAUGCCAAAAGGUUAAAACUGUUGCUAGGAGAGAAAACCCCAUUAAAGACCACAGCUACACCUCUGAGCUCACUUAAACCUCCGAGGGUGGACACUGCUCCAGUGGUCUCAUCGCCCUAUCAAAGAAGAGAUUCCGACAGAUACUGUGGGCUCUGUGCAGCCUGGUUUAACAAUCCUCUGAUGGCCCAGCAGCAUUAUGAUGGCAAGAAACACAAAAAGAAUGCAGCGAGAGUUGCUUUACUAGAACAGCUUGGGACAACUCUGGACAUGGGGGAACUAAGAGGUCUGAGGCGCAACUACAGAUGUACCAUCUGCAGUGUCUCUCUAAACUCCAUAGAACAGUAUCAUGCCCAUCUGAAAGGAUCUAAACACCAGACCAACCUGAAGAAUAAGUAGUGAAAACAUCAAUCAAGAGCUGAGAAAAAAAAAAGGGGGAUUUCUCUGCUGUGGAGAAUUGCUUACCAACCACCACAGGAAGCGUCUUUCUUGAACAACGAACAUUUCCUAAGAGGAUUCAAAGAAUCACAUAUAACUAAUCUUAGUUUUGGAGAGUGAAUGAGUUUUUUUUUUGUUUUUUUUUUGUGGUAAGUUCUAAUAGUUGGAUGGAUUUUUAAAAUUCUUUCCUGAUAAUAUAUUUAGCACAUGUUCUAAAUUAUAAUCCUAUAGCCAACUACGGGAACAUCAUUCAAACUUAAAGACAGUGGGGAAAAAGAAUCUGAAUUUCCAAUUUGUUCUCAGAUUUCUUCAACGUAGAAUUAUUCUGUUCAAUCUUUGCUGACUGAGAGGUAAACCACUUCGAUCAAGACAUAAACUUUCUGUUUUCAUCGUGUUGCCUGUGAUCAGUGGCAACGUGCACAGAACCUGACGAAUCACUAUUCGAAGAAGAUAUAUAAUGGACACAAAUUCUCAUUUCACCUUCAAAAGUAUAAGCCAGCUUUGCCAUCUGAACAACAGGAUUGAAGAGGGUAAAUAAAGAAGGAAACUUCACCCUUUUUUUUUUUUUUUCCCCUUCCUGAUCAUUCAGAGAACAAUUUCUCAAGGUUAAGCCAAGUCCUCUUUGCAAGCUGCCAAAAUAAUAGCUUAGGAAAAGAAUUAGUCUGCCUGCAUGAUGAUCCUCUUCGGCAAAAACGUCUUGACAGCAGUUGACCUUGAUGAAACGUUGUCCCAAAGGUAUUCCAAAGAAGAAUGAUCCACCCCAGAAUGAGAGGGAAACCGAUGAAGGUUUUAUUUUUUUUAUGAAGUAGGCCUGCACUGUGGGCUUUCAUGCGGGGUGCUGAUGAUGUGGAAAGAAGUGAGUGAAUUCAGAAGAGAUGAUGACAUUGGGUAUUGAGGUCACCUAUUCCUCGGUUUCCCACUGAAGUCUUCUUGCUGAGCUAAGAUUCAACCACUUGAGAGCAAAUGUCACCAGCCACUAUGGCAGACAGCAAAACCCUUACUCUCUGUUGGUGAAUGUCUCUGAGUGUAAAUCUCCGCCUCGUAAAGUUUUUUCUCUAGGUUGAAUUCUUCUCCAAGGUGCCUGGAUUUGGUGACCUGCAGGCUGGCGGCAAAGCCAGCUGGGCAUUUAGCUUCUAUUCUGGAUGUUUCUUAGGGCUCAGGGUGCGGUUGCCUUUUGCACAUGGUGACCACAGAUGAUUGAUCUCCUGGCGGCAGGAUUUUCUAGAUGUCUAUUAUUUUUCCACAGAGAGCUGAGGUGGCUACAAUUCAGUUGAGCAGUAAAUGAAAUGACUCAGGCAUGCGCAGUGUUGUGAUGGGGGUGCUUAAAAUUUGGCACCAUUCCCUCCUGGAGGGUCUGCUCAGAAGGGACUGGGAUUGUCAGUUUCUAUGCCUGCAGCAAGGAGCCGCCACACCAGCCACAGCAGCCACAUGGGAAAGAAGGAGGGUUUGACGGGAAGCAAUCUAUUUUUCUGUUUUGGAAAGCACACAACAGAGCUACAGACCUCCAAUGUUGACUUUUUUUCGAAUGUGUAAAGUAAGGCUUUAUUUGUCAAUUCUGCUGUAAAAUAAGCCUGUCCAAGUUAAAAAAAAAAAAAAAA